AUGCAGAACGCUAGUCAUACAAGCCGCGACAGAGUGAGAGAAUACCUCGAGAGGCUGAGCAGGAUGAAUCUCUCCGCGGAGGAAGAGAAUGCCAUCAUCGGUGCUACGGGUUUCAGGGACAUUCUGGACAUUCCUGACCCGCAUCUCACGUUUGCGAUCGUCAUUCCCGUCGUGCUCGUCGUCGGCACGGUGGGUAAUGUGUUGAACCUGAUCGUGCUGCGCAGCAAGCGCGUUCGCUUCUCUAACGGCCUGCACAUCUUUCUGUCGGCAAUGGCCGUCGCCGACAUCGUCGUGCUGUGGAGUCACGCGCCGGCGAUCUUUGUCGAUCUCUUCUGCGGGAACUUACCUCUUGCUAAUAUCACCCUCAUACGCUUUCUCAUGGCGAUGGAGCUCUUCAAACUAUCGAGUAGGUUUACUUCGACGUGGAUGAUGGUCGCCGUUUCCGUGACGAGGUGCUUAGCGUUGACCUAUCCGGCACAGGCUAACCGCCUGGUCACGCAUAGGCGUAUACGUUGCGUUCUCGUCGCUAUCGUCAUCGCCGGGAUUGCCACCGCCACGCCGGAGGUUGCAGGCACCAGCUUCACGGUUCGAAAGAUGUACGGAAAAAUCGACGUGGUGGUUGUCGCUUCUACGAGUUUCGGAAGGAGCUACUACGCGGCCGUGAUACACCCGAUAAUGACGUCGGUGUUUGUGUUCGUGAUACCUUUCGUCUUCUUAUUACUCACCAACACUUCGAUGGUUAUUAGUGUCUGGAAAGCGUCGCGGCGUCGAAGGGUUUUAGCGUGCACGCACACGAAAACGAGCAAGAACGAGACGAAAGUGACGAUUCUGUUGUUGACGAUCACCGUCUCGUUUUUUCUGCUCGAGCUUCCCGGAUGUGUGUUCGAGAUGUUCCACGCCGUUCACGGAACAAACGGGCGGAUGUUCUUGAAGGCCGACAUGACGAUCAUAGACAUGCUCGACUGGGACGCUUUUCAGGACUAUGCGCACGUCAAGUACGUCAUUGAUUGUUUCUACAUCAUAGCCGUGUCGAUAAAUUUCAUUUUAUUCUGUUUGGUCAGCACCAGGUUUCGCAGGGUAUUUAAGGAAAUGUUCUUCGGACGAUGGUUGGAUAUCAGCGAAUCGUCAGUAAAUAGAAAUGUCGCGAAGAAAAGCGAAGAUGACGCCAUCUGCAGUAGCCGCAGCGAUGCCUAUCGUGAAACCUCUCGAACAAUAACUGUGAGGCUAUAG